CCGUUAAGCGAUAGCUUCUUCUAUUCCAUCCAGAACCCUUUGAAUCCCUACGUCUGAAAACACUGAAUAUCAUAUACUGCCACAUUCAAAUAGUGCGGAACUUUACUGAGUCAUUAUGUUUUUUGUCGGUGGUACAUAUUCUUUCUACCAUAUAAAAUAGUGUUUUAAGCAAUGCCUUCUUGUAAUUGAUUGGACAAGGACAAUUGAAAUUCAGGCAACGGCACGUUCCACUUUCUCGACGUUGCCAUAAAACGUAGGGGAGACGGGACAGUUCAACUUUCGGUUUGUCGAAAAAGUACUUGGAAUGGCUGUUCUGCUAGAACAUUUUUUCUUGCUCUUUUCGAAAUAAUGAAGGGAAAUAUGCGUAUGAAACAAUACAUUUGGUUACGAAUUGUAUUUAGCCUCACAUUUUUGUCUUAGACUAAAGAUCAUUAGUUUAUUACAUAUGAGAGCUGCCUAACAUCGGUUUUACAAUUAAAGUGACAUCAUACGAUCUCCUCAAGAUGCAGUUCGAAACCGGACACAAUACCGUAUUUAACUACGAUCUACAAUUAAUGCGCCAUUUUCGAGCAGUUAGUGUGUCUCAUUAAUAUGACAACUAAUUGACCACACAGUGGUUUUAUUAGCAAGCUAAUGAUUAUAUGUUAUGUCAAUCUGUAAAUUGUCUACACUAAUUGUAUGGGCUACUGACAGUGAAAAUCUGCCCAACCCAAAAUUGAUGGAGAGUGGUUCAAGUUAUUGAUCAAGGACCGAUUUUUUUGGCCACCACGAUUAUUCCGCAGUAUAUUUGAAAAGAUACUUCUCGUAAAAGCAGCAGGAUACACAAUGAGGUCUAGUAAACUAUUUCAGUUUUAUCUUAAGUACAACUACCAUUGCCAUUUAUGCAGACAAGACGUUUCAGGCGUUGAAAUGGUUGUUGUAACUUCAGUGGUUGCACAUUUGUGUUAGAUACUAAGUUUUUCAUAAAUGGUAGAGAUGUUUGCGUGGUAACUCAAGGACAUGUGCAGGCUUUUUAUUAUAAAUGUCUUUGAAGCGUUGCUCACGUUUCGAGUAAAAAUCAAGUAGGCAAUGUUAAGGCUAGGCAUACGAAACUAGGCAAAGGUAAUAGGUCGGUUUAUGAAGUAGUCUUCAUCAUCUAAGGUGGUUAGAGCACAUUUUAGGUAUACUUAACCUGCCUCGGGGCACGAUGUUUGAUAAUGUAGGAUUAGGCUGAUAGAAAGCUAGGGGCUCUUAAACCAAGAUAUGACAUUAAUUCAUGAAACCAUUAUCCACUGAGCCGAGGCGUGUUGGUGAGUAAAGACUACCAGGUUGGGGUUCUCGUAGUGAUCGCAGCCAGUGGUCAGGGAUGAUGGCUAAUAUUGUUCAUAAUCGUUCACAGCAAUGCAGAUACACUCACUCUUUAUAUUCUACUCGACCUUCAGUCUCAGUACUUUUUGAUCCCCAUUUAGGUUCAAUAUAAUGGAAUAGGCAAUGAUGUAGACGAAGUACGGACCCUAUUUCGCUUAUGUUCUGUCGACAAACCUCGUUAAUAACAGUGGGGUUAUAACAAUUCAAAGACGAGUAUUUCGGAUGUUUAUAUUUCAUACAUUCGCUUUGGGAGACAAACGAAUUAUUGAAAAGCGGAGAUGGCAGAUGUGCCUACUCAAAACAUUACUCAUUACAAGCGUUAACAUAUCUCAAAAUGGAUUGUGAAAAGGAGACAGACACUUGAUACAGUAAUCGGUAUACAGACAUACACAAGCAUACAUAAGAUGUGUAAGUGUAGAAUUAUCAGGAAAUAAAUAUCAAGUAUGUACUGAAGGCCACACACCUGAGAACAGUUACUAUGAAAUCCAAAUUGACUUAAUAGUUAAAGGCUGUUUGAAUCGUGAAAUUCUGUUCAAAAGCUUGAAUAAAUCACUUGUAAUAACUGAAGAGCUGAUACACUCUUUCAUACAUACCUUUCCACUCUAUAUUUUCGAAACUUAUCUCAAUGUCCAGUCCUCAUUAUCGUUGCCAUAACAUUACUUCGGUCUCUCUCACUAUUCAUUUUGCCAGUUUCAUUUCGUUGUAGUGACAUUAUAUGUCGAGUAGGAUCAACGUACAUCAUUGACAGGCUUUACGUUCGUUUUAGCUGGAUAAGUAAGACGAGUAGUACAGUAAGGCGAAGUCAUUAACGGAUCACGAACCUGAAACUGGUCUCAUUCUGUAACUGAUUUAGAAUUCUUUCUCAUCACCACCUUUCCAAAAUAUGUUUCUGUAGAAACUACGUAGUUGGGACUUUUUACAAAGCUUUUAUCACUGCUUCAUUUAUACUGAUACUGAUAUUAACUUUGGUUUUGUAAAGCCAUACCUGGUUUAGUUUGUAACUGCUACAAAGAUCUAACCACACUGAAACACCCAAGUGACAUAGGUUACUUAAGUAAUUAAUAGCCUACGAACUGCAUGUAUCUAGUCUAUUUCAUUUUAUAGGCUUCUACAGGCUUGUAAAGAUCACUUUUUGGUGUCUUAUAUUCAUUAGUCGAUGACCUAGUGUUUCAGUUACCCGAAUUUCAACCAAUAGAUGGAAUAUUAGAAACCCACUUCACUUCGGUUUGGACAACGGAUAAUUUCGUUAGCUUCCUUACAAACAUGGUUUGAUAAUAUAAAUGAUAUUAUUUCAUUAUUUGUUAUUUUGUAAUUAACUUCACCUGAUGGAACCCAAUAUAGUGUUUCCCUAAUAUGCCCAUUUCUCUACUAAGUGGCUCCUGAAUAUAUGAAUUUCCUGUUCUACCACCUGUGUUACUAAAAAAUUUUUACUAUUUACUCGUGACUAGUUUGUCGUUACUUUACUUACUGUCCAAGGUUCAUCAUUCAGAAUUUGUGCCUGCACCAAAUACCAUUGGAAAUAUGGCCCUGCUACCCUUACGCACAAAAUUUCGAGGACCUGCGCCUAUGAAUAUGGAUUUGGAAAAAGAUAUUAUUGACGAAGCUCUCUAUCUUUUUAAAUCACUCAUAUUUCUUCGACAGUACGAACUAAAAAGUGAAGCUGAUCGCGUACUUGUUUAUCUCGUUCUAUAUAUUUUGGAAUGCUUAAGAAAAUUACAAAGGUGUCCAAAUAGAACUUCUGGAGCUAAAGAAUUAGCUGCAAUGGCCAUAAGUCGUUUUGAUAUACCAGGUGAUCCAGAUUUUCCUCGAGAAUUAAACAAUAUGUAUGCUAAACCGAAAAAUCCCACAGAAAUGGAAACGAUGCGCGGUUAUUUAACUCAGUUAAGACAAGAGUUAGGUGUACGAUUAUUAGAUAAAGUUUACCGUGAUGAUAAUAGCCCACCUAGUAAGUGGUGGUUGUGCUUUGGUAAGCGUCGUUUCAUGGAUCAAUCUUUAACACCAUUGGGAGUUUUCUAAGAAAAGCGUUUUUUUUUACAUAUACUCUGAGUAUUUUAUCGUUGUUUGUUUCUCUUCUAUAACAGUAACUUUCAAUUUUUCUAAUCUAAUAUUUUUUAUUGUUUACUUGAAUAAACAGAUUGUCAAAUAAA